UUGUUUGUUCACCUGACGAAGAUGGCCGAAGGAUAAUUGUGCAGCUGACAGCAGUCUCUUUAUAAACAUGUAAAGUAAUAACUAAACAAAUGUGCGUUUUCCUUGUAAUACUCGAAAGGAGUUGUAAUACCAUCUUUAUGACGCAUUAGCCAGGACCCCAGUGUAAGCCAUGCUGAAGUGGUUCGCCAACGAUGAGUCCAGCCAGGCUCCAGGGGCCCCGGCGCCCAGGGAGGCCUCCGGCAGCCAGUCCCUGGCUGAGGUGGCCGAGCGGCUGGCCCAGACGGAGCAGCUGGCGGCCCAGCUGAAGGAGCUCAUCCGGGAGAAGGACGCCGCCCUCGGCGCCAAGGACGAGCAGCUCAAGGCAGAAAAGGACGCCUGCGAGGCCAAGCUCUCCAAAAUGAGGCUUCAGAACCGCGCGAAGGUCACCUCCCUGAACGCUCAGCUGGAGGAGCUGAAGAAACAGCAGCCUCCGUCUGGCAAGGAGGCGAAGUCCGACAGCCGAAAGGCCGGGGGCGAUGGGGACCCGGAACAUUCCUCGGCGAGCCGGGGGAAGAUCCUGCUCCUGAAGAAGAAGGUGGAGGAGCUGGAGCAGCAGCUCUCCCAGAGGGAGGCGGAGCUCAGAACCAAGACCAGCGAGCUGGACGCCCAGCGGCAGCGCGGGGAGGAGAUGGACGCCAUGCUGGUGGAGAGGGACAGGAAGCUGGCCGAGAAGGAGGCCUACAUCGUUGACCUCCAGGUGUCGACCGCAGGAGGAGGUGCCGGUGACCAGGCCCUCCCCAAAUCAGCUGAGGAGCACAAGACCCAGUCAACCAAGGAGGAGAGCUCCCUGCAAGAGCUCCAGAUGCUGGUGCAGAAUCUGACCAAGAAAGUGGGGGAUGGCGAGGAGAAGUACAGCCUCCUCCAGGAGCAGGCCGAGAGCCUGAAGGAGCUGCUGGUCAAAGAGAAGGAGCAGUUUGAAGAGAAAGAGAACAUGUACAAGCAGAACAUUCAGACAUUCAAAGACAUAAUUUUGGAAAAAGACAACCGGUUGACUGAAAUAAACCAGAAGCACGAACAGGAACUCUUCCGGUUGGCGGCAAAGUCCGACGCGAGUGCUGAUCUCGAACAGCUCCUGAAGGCUCUGAAACAGAAGCUGCACGAGAAGGAGGAGGUCCUCCUGGGGAAGACUCAGGUCAUCGAUGUCCUUCAGGGGGAGGUGGACGGGAGAGACCAGCAGAUAAAGGAGCUGCUUGAGAAGGCGCGGCGGCUGCAGGGCGAGAAGGAAAACGCGCAGUCCAAGCUGGACGCGGAGAAGCACGUGAUGCGCGCGCAACUGCGGGACCUGAUGCAGAAGCAGGAGGCGGAGCUACGCCAGGCUUCCGAGAGGCACCGGGUCGAGCUGGCUGAGAAGGAGCGGGAGGCGGAGGCGCUGAGGAGGAGCCGGCCCGCCCCGCGGGAGGAGGAGGAGGAGGAGAAGAAGGAGGCGGUCCUGAAGGUUGCCCCCGCCCCCGUGGACAUGGCCAUGGAGCAGAAGAUCGCGGAGCUCCAAGCACAAGCGAAGCUGAAAGCUGAGGAGGCCAGCAAAUCAGAGGCCAAGUUUCUGAAGAUGAAAGCCUGGUCCAAGUCCCGCAUCAAGCAGCUGGAGGACGAGCUGAGGAAAGGACAGUCUGGAAAAAUAAGUCCAGAUGUGAAUGCCUUAAGGAGCCACAUUACCGAGCUGGAAGAGGAAAGAGAGGAAAUGCUGUGUAAACUGGAACAGUUUGACGAACUCAAGACCAAAAACGAGCAACUCGUGGCAAAGCUGGUGGUUUAUGAAGAGCAACAGAGGAAGAUGCAGGCAGAUCUUGAGCAAGUUGCCAAGAGAGCUGCUUCUCAGACGAGCGAGUCGGGCAGCGCGGACGAGCUGCAGAGCCAGGUGCUGGAGUGGCAGGAGAUGGUGGCGGAGGCGGAGUCCGCGCGGGACCAGGCCCGGGAGGAGAAGUCCGUCCUAGCCCUGCGGAUGAGUCACAUCGAGGAGGAGAGAGAAGAACUGAUUGAGGAUGACUGGUUCUUUCCCGGCUGCUCCGAUCCAGCGCUGGCCAGCCGGCAGCAGGAGCUGGAGGAGGAGCUGGCGCAGGCCCGGGGGCUCCGGCCGCAGAGGGGCAAGAAGCCGGGAGACUCCGCCCCCCGCAGCCUGCAGGAGGACUUUGAGUUUGACAGGAAACAGGCGUUCCAGGACCCCAAAAGCACUUUAGAGAGCACCGCCUCGAUGGACGGGGAGAACAUGGGAGGUUGGUGGCCAGAGUACAGUACUCCUGAUGCAGGACUAGGCCUCAGGUCGGUGGUGGAGGAGCUGGAGCUGGAGAGGAACCAGCUGCAGGAGCAGAUCCUGGGCCUGGAGGAGCGUUGCCAGGACCUGGAGGACCGGCUGCAGCUCCAGGCCCGAAUAGAGUCCCUUCAGGUGACGUUUGAUGUAGAUGAAGAAGGUCGGCCAUUUUGGGUAUCUCAGAACGAGGCGGAGCGGCUCCAGGCCCAGCUGGCCGGCCUGCGGAGCCAGCAGGCCCGGGACGCGGAGAAGCACCAGAUGCUGGUCACCAGCCUGAACGAGCAGCUGAAAGGACUGAGCGAAACGCAGGAGUGCCUGGAAUCGUCGCUGAUCGAGAAGGAGCACACGUUAGCCCAAACCUCCGAGAAACUGGAGCUCAUCGACAGCCUCCGGGACUCUUUGAAGGAGAAGGAGGUCCAGCACCGGGAGGUCUCGGAGAGGCUGCUUCAAACAGAGCACAGCUUGACUGAAGUUACUAAGAAAUGCAGCACCUUUGAGAAGCAGUGUUCUGAGUUGAAGACGUCAGUCGCAGAGCUGACACAGAAGUUGAGCACACUAAAGGAAAAGACACACAAACAAGAGGCAAUGAUAGAAUCCUUGCAAAGUGAUCUGGAUCAGACGAACGAUGAGCUGGACAAGCUGAACUCCACCCACUUGGAGGAACGGGCCCAGCUGAUCCACGACCUUCAAAGCUGUGAGCGGGAGAUUGACAACCUCAAGGAUACACUUGCCGACAAGGACAAGGAGAUCUCCGCUCUUUCCAGCAACAUGAGCGAAUAUGCUGAGCAAGUACUGGAGCUGAAACGGGAGAUCAAGGACAAAGAGGAGGCCCUGGUACACGUUGAAACUGCUUUGGCCAGAGCAGAGCAAAAAUCUCAGAUUUUAAAAGACUCCCAGUCAUCUGACCAGCAAGCCCUGAACGCAAAGAUAACAGACUUACUGGAACAGCUCAGAAGCACAGAGUGCGAAUUGGGUGAGGCUAAGGAGCAAAAAGAACUAAAAAGGAAGGAAACUGAGGAACUUAUUAAACAAGCCCAGGAGGACAUCCAGACCAUCCAAAGUCUUCGUGGGGAAAUUCAGAAGCUGAAUGUGAACCAUCACAGUCACCUCGCGGAAUGCGAGUCCCAGAUUUCUUCUCUAAAGGGGCAGGUGACGGCGUCUUCUCAAAAGCUGCAGGAGUCUGAGGCCCUCCUCUCUCAGCUGACAGAAUCAAAUGCCACCAAUGAAAAGUUGCAGGGUCAACUUCAAGAUAAAGAACAGAUGUAUGAAAAAGAGCUGAAGUCCUUUAAGGAGGAACGCAAUAAGCUGCUUGCCGAUGUGGACAAACACAAUAAGGAGCUGCAGGCCUUAUCCAAACAACUUGAGGAGCAAGCGGUGGGAAAGGAACGGGUUAUAAAGGAGAAACAGGAAACAAUAGCCUUGCUGGAGCAAAAGCUGAGUGUCGCUCAGGAAGAAACGGAAGGUGAAAGACUGAAACUUAAUCAGGAGCUGAAGGCCAGAGAUUCUGAAAAUGAGAGGCUACAGAAGGAACUCCAGAGUAAAUCUGAAAAUACCUCAGAACUGGAAACUAGUGUAAAAACCCUAGAAAGUGCAAAUCAGCAACUUAAAGCUGUUCUCAAGAGAAAAGCAAUUGAACUUAAGGAACAAAAGCAGCUUGUCGCUGAUUUAAAUGAAAAGACUGCUGCGACUCAAGCGGAAAAUGUGAAUUUGCGCUCUGAAAUCAGUAAACUUGCAGAGGAGCGUGAGAAACUAAGAGAGGAAGUCACAGUUGGCAAGAGAUCCCUGUCAGAGCUGAUGGAGGAGAAGAACACGAUGCAAAGCAGGAUAUCUUCCUUUGAGACACAAAACUCAGAAGACCGCAAAGUCAUUGAUGAGCUGCUGAAAGAAAAGGAAGAGUUGACCGUACGGACCGAAGAGCUCAGCAGGGCCCUUGAACAAAGCCAAAGCACCGUUUCGGAGAGUUUGCUCAAAAAAACCAACGAAUGUGGUCAACUCACAAAAUUACUUUCUGAAAGUAAGGAGUCCAUAGCACAUUUCCAGGAGAAAGUCAGCCUCUUGAAUUCUCAGGUCGAGCAACUCAAAUGUUGUGUGGCUGAAAAGGAGAAGAUUGCCUUUGAUCAAAGUGCAAAGUGUGAUGAGCAGGAAAGCCUGAUUAGGCAACUUCAAGGGACUGUAUCCCUGCUUCAGGAGCAGAGCGCCACAUUGAUGGACAAAGACAAUGCCUUGCAGCAGAUGACAGCGAAAUGUACCACCUUGCAGAACGAAAUCCUCCAGCAGAAAGAGUUCAUCUCUGGCCUCCAGAGUGAAACUGGAUCCCUCAGAAUUGAGUGUACAAGAUGGAAACAGAGUCUGGAGGAAAAUGAACUGACUGUGAAAAGUAAGACUGAGGAAUGUCAAAAUUAUCUCGAUGAGCUGAACAAGAGCAGGCAGUCCGUUGAUUCACUGAGCAGCAAGUUGGAUGUAGUGAGUGGAGAUUCUCUUAAGUUUGAAUCUGCUUAUAGUGAUCUGAAAGUGUCCUUUGAAAAUCAGGUUGCUGAUAACAAAAAGCUGAAAGAAGAGAACAACUUCAGGCAAAGUGAAGUGGUUCGUCUUCAGAACCAAGUUCAGGCAUUAUGUGAGGAUAACCAGAGACUGCAGGCUGCUAUUGAGAGCCAAGAGAGAGAACUGGCUGAACAGAAACUGCUUGUGGAGGAUAUGAGAAGGAAGGCAGAUGUCGCUCUUGAGGAAAACAGAAACCUGAAGGUGCAAGUGACUAAACUCGAUGAGCGGAUUCAGGUACUGCAGCAGGAGGUCACCAAUAAGGAUAUAGCCGAGUCAGAGCUACUAGAUGAAAGGAAAAAAGCACAAAGUAAAAUAUCUGCCUAUGAGGUUCAGUAUUCUGAAAAUUGUAAGGCUAUUGAGGGACUGCUGAAAGAAAAGGAAGAACUCAUUCUUAGGACCGAAGAACUCAAAAAGCAAAACGAUUCAGUUUCAGGUAAUUUGCUGGAAAAAACUAAUGAGUGUUGUCAUCUCACAACAUUGCUCGCUGGAAGUAAAGAAUCUGUGGCACAUUUACAAGAGCAGAUCAGUUUUUUGAAUUCUCAGGUGGAUCAACUGAACUCUAGUGUUGCUGAGAAAGAGAAAAUGGUUAGUGAUCAAAAAGCACUUUAUGAAACGCAGCAGAGCCAACACGAGCAACUUCAAGAGACUUUGUCCCUUCUUCAGGAGCAGAGUACCGCUUUGAAAUCAGGACUGUUGGAGAAAGACAGUACCUUGCAACAGAUGGCUUCCAAAUGCACUUUCUUGGAAAAUGAAAGUCUUCAGCAGAAACAGACUGUCACCCAGCUGGAGAGUGAAUUGGAGUCCCUCAAAAAUGAGUGCACCAGACUGAGUCAGAGUCUGGAAGUCAAAGAACUGUCUCUUGGAAAUAAAGCUCAGGAGUGUCAAGGCCAUUUUGAUGAACUGAGCAAAAGCAACAAGUCAAUAGUUUCGCUUCAGGGUCAGCUGAGUGUGGCAAAUGAAGAGUUGCUAAAGCUGCAAUCUGAAAAUGUGAAUCUGAAAACAAGCCUGGAAAAUCAGGUCGCAGAAAGCAACAAGCUAAGAGAGCAGGUGGCUCAGAGGGAGGAUGUUAUUGCAGACCUCAAGAACCGCAUGCAGGUACUAAAUGAGGAAAACGGCAAAAUCAAAACUGAAGGUCAGAAUUUGACUGCAGAGGUGUCUGAAAAGCUGAAAGAAAUUGCUGUUCUCCAGUCAGAGCUCUCCCACAAAAAUAACAAUAUUGUUUCCUUAACCGAACAGCUGGCAGCUGUCAGUUUAGAGAGGGAAAGUUUAGAGAUGACAUUACAACAGAGAACUGAAUCUAUGAAUCAACAAGAAAUGUUCAUAAAGCAGUUGCAAGUAAAAUCAGUGGAGGGGAAAGAUGAGCUGAACCAAAAGAUGGAAACUGUCAUUGAGCUGCAGACACAAAUGAAGAACAUGCAGAAAUCUCUGCAAGAUGUCGAAAAGUCCUUGAAAAACAAGGAGAAGGAGCUUGAACAGUUAAAAGAUAAGUCGGCAACAGAACAUGAAGUAUUCAGAACCAAAAAUGAUGCAAAUGCAGAGAUCGUUGAUAAACUUCAGGCUCAACUGCAGAGCAUGGUAGAGAAAAAUAACCAGCUAACCAUGGGGAUCACUGACAAACAGUCUUACCUACAGCAGAAAGUGAAAGAUAGUGAGCGGUUAAGGGCACAGGUCGCAGAGCUGGAGGGUUCGGCUGUACAGCUUAAAAGCCAAGUUGAGGCCUUGACCUCAGAGUCAGCUCAGCUAAAGGGAAUGGUGAAAGAAAAGGAGCAGGCAGUAUUGGGAACUCAGACCAGCUUCCUCAGUCACUGUGAAGAUUUGAAGGUGCAAAUCAAAGCCAAAGAAGACGAAUGCAAUGGCUUAAAAGCCCAACUUGCUGGACACCAAGAAACCGUGUCUAAGCUGGAAGUUGAGCUCUCUGCUCGAUCCUCAGAAAUAGUCAAAUUUAGAGAAGCCCUUGAGGACAAAGAGGUUGGAAUUUCCGCGCAGGCAAAAGCUUUCCAGGGGAAGUCGGACGAAGCGGCCUUGUUCAAAGCCCAGUUUAUGGAGAGCACAGAGUUAGUAUCUCAGCUGCAGGGCCAGCUUCAGGAACUGAACAAGACUGAAGAGGAGAAACAAAGUGCCUUUUUAAAUUUGCAAGAAAAGUACGCAGCCCAUUUGGAAGAGCUUCAUGAAGUUAAAAUGCAGCUCUCCCAAAGGAAUGAAGAGAUGGAAAACCUCAACAAGGCCCUCAGUGACCGCAAUGAUGCUGUACAUGCUGCCGGAGAUACUGCUGAUGCCCUAAGAAAUGAAGUAGCACUGCUUCAAGACCAACUUCAGCAACUUCGAGCAUCGAAUGCCGGACUUUCAAAGCAGAAGGAGGAUGCUCUUUCUGCCCAUCAAACAAAUGCAGCUUCUUUGACUGUUGAAAUUGAGAGGUUGAAGUCGCAGCACCUUCAGGUUGCUUCACAAAUGAAUGCGUUGACUGAGAAUAUUGAGCAGAGAGAGCUAGCCUUGCAUGCAAUAAAUAAUCAGUAUUCUGCGCAAGUUAAACACGCAGAAUACCUGGUUGCAGAAAUGCAGAAACUGGACGAGCAGAAUAAAAAGCUAAGAGAAGAAGGCAGUCUGGCGGCACAGCAUUUUCAGCAGCAGCUGGGUUUGUCCGCCAGUGAAAAAGAACAUUUGCAGCAAGAAUUAAAGAAAGUUAUGAAUGAAAAAGAGGAACUUGUAAGGAAUUACAACAGCCAGUUGCAAAUACUCCAGGAGCAGUUGAGUUUCAAGAGUCAGCAACAACACAGUAGCAUGAAUGAAGCAUUGGAGAAAAUGAAGACAGAGAAGGAACGUCUUCAGGUGCAGGUUAGUGACAAGGAUGGAGAAAUCAGUAGAUUAAUAUUAGAAGUGGAAAAGGUAGCACAAACCCUUCAAGAGUCUGAAAAUGAAUGGUUGUCUGUCCUUGAUAGGGAGAAACAAGAUAAGACGCUUAUAAUUGAGCAGUUACAAAGUAUUGAAAAUGAGAUUAAGACAAAAGAUGUUAAAAUCCAGGCACUGCAACAAGAUCUGGAUGAUUUGCAGGAAAAGUUUGUGGAGAUAACAACUGCAUUCAAAGUCAGCUCAGAGCAUCUUAAAGAGAAGGAACUGACAGCUGAAGACUUGAGUCAGCAGAUUUUAACAAAUAAAAAUAAAUUAGAGGAGACACUUUUAGCUUUACAGAAAAAAGAAAAUGAGAACUUACAGCUUGGGCAGACUUUAAUAGACCGGGAGAAUGCAUUGAGAGACAUUGAGUUAAGUAAAAAGUCUAGUGAUGUUGAUUUUUCUGAAUUUUCACAAACCAUGUCUGGUAGACUAGUUGCUUUGGAGGAAGAAAAGUUUUCUUUACAAUCUGAAAUUAAACUGUUAAAUACAAAUCACAAAUCUGAAGUAGAGUGUUUGAAAGAGGAAUUAAACAAAGCUGCAUGCUUACUUCAGCAAAAACAAAGUGAACUGUUUGAAAGGGAGCGAGAAUAUCAGGAGGAGAACCAGAAAGUUUGUUUACUGCAAGAGCAGGUAAAACGUUUACAAGGAGAGAUGGAGAUUGACUCUGAAAAUUUUAGAAUGGCAGGUAUUAACCAGGCAAGUCUGCAGAGUGAAAUCAAAAAGAAAGAAGAUCAGAUUAGUUGUAUGGACAUUCAGGUAGGCCAACAAAAAGAACUGAUUGCAACACUUAGUCAGCAGUUGAGAGAAAAAGAUGCUUCAGUCACCCAGGUCAUGGUAUCGGCAUCAAACGAAAUGGUGCGGCACACAGAGGAAAAGAAUCAGCUCCUGUCACAGCUGGAAAGCCUGCAGAAUGCCCAGAGCUGCUCGGUUACGGAAAUUGAAAAUAUCGCCCUACAGUUGGAGGAGAGCAAAACUCACUUGUCUCAUUGUCAGGCUCAAAUUGAAAUUAAGGAAUCGGAGAAUGGGCAGUUGGUCAAGGAAAAUGAACAGCUGAAAAUUCAACAUGGACAGUUGUCCAAAGAAAAAGACCUAAUGAAGAAGAAACUCCAAGCUGCUCUGGUAGUGAGAAAGGACUUGCUGAAGAAGAUAGAGGAGUAUGAAAAGCAAAUAGAAGAGUGUGGGAAGAAUGGCUUUGAAAUGUCCAAUUUGCAUGAUAAGCUCCAAGAAGUAACAUCACAGGCAGAGAACACGACCAAAGAGUACCAAGCUCACAUUAGUCUUUUGAAAGAACAGAUCAUACAAAAAGACAAUGAAGUCCUUGAGCUUUCCCAGGUCAUUUCUGCGAAGGAAGCACUUGUGCAACAGCUACAAAAUGAUAUGAAAUGUUUACAAACAAGGCUCAAUGAGCAAGAGAAUAAUUUGAAUAUUGCUGUCCAGUCACUUAAGGAAACAUGUGAACUUGUUGAACAUCUCCAAGUAGGUAUAGCCGACAAAGAGGAAGCAUUUGAACGUGAACGCUGUGAGAUGAUACAGAAGUUGGAACAAUUUAAAGAGGACUUGGUUGAUAGAGAGCAAAGCUUGAAGGCUGAAAGGGCAACCUCUCUGUCUGCAAAUUCUGAUACCGAAAAUGAGCUGGUGAAAGUAAAGCAAGAAAAAGCAGUUCUGCAAAAAAAGGCUCAUGCAGCUUUACUAGCUAGAAAGGAGACCAUGAAGAAAUUGCAAGAAAAUGAAAGGAAGCACGCCCUGGAAAUUUCUGAGCUAAACGAAAAUUUAAACAAGCUUCUAGAACAACAUUCUCAACAAACAAAUGAAAUGGACGCAAUUCAGGUUAAAUACAAUGAGAAAAUCAAAGAACUAGAGGACAAGCAACAAGCUAUAGCUUCCCUCCAGGAUGAAGUAAAUUCCUUUAGAGGUUGCAUUGAAUUAAAGGAAAAGAAUAUGCAAGAACUCAUUCUGUCCUUCUCAGAGAAGGAAAGCCAAGUACAAGCGGCAUCACAGAAAGAAGCGGAAUUGGAAGAGCUUCGCAACAUACUGGCAAAUAUAACAUCAGAAAUGGAAAGUAAAGAUGCACUUCUGCUUGACCUGAGACAAAGUUCACUAGAGUUGACAGAAAAAAUGAAAUUGGUUGAAUCUGAGCUUGAAAAAGCAGAAACCGAGAUAAACGAGAACAGUAAGCAGCAGGAGAUAAAGGCAAUGGAACAAGAUUAUUUGGACCUCCAGGAACAGCUACGAAGGUCAGAAGCUUUGGUAGAGGAACUACAGUGUGCUCUCAAGGCAGUUGAAAUCGAGAAGAGAGACCAGUUUGAAAGUUUGGACAGACUGAAUAAAACGCUACUUCAAUCCAACAGUCAGAUGAAGGAAGAGCUUGAAAAUGCACUUUCUGUGAUUUCACAAAAGUCAUUGGAGCUUCAAACCGUCCAAAACUCUUUAACAGAAAUUCAACACCAGUUUUGUCAGGAGAGGGAAUGUUUGAAAAUCAAACUUGAAGAAUCCCAGUCUUAUUGGAAAGAGUCUCAGGCUCAAGUAGAAAGUUGUAAAUUGCACAUGGAGACAUUGCAGACCGAAAAGGAAGAAUGUAAAGAAGUCGUAGGAUCAUUGGAAAUGAGACUCAGUGAGUCUGAAAAACAAAAGGAUGAACUUCUUCAAAAAAUAAGUGUUAUGCAAGAGGAGAACUUGAAUAAUCAUUCACUUAUGGGAGUUGAUGAGAUCCAGUCAAAGUCCUACACUGAAGAACUUGAGGCAAGCCUCAAAGAGAGAGAUUGUUUGAUUAAAGAAAAGGAAGAACUUAUUGCUUCUUUGGAACAACAGCUGCAAAAAGAAAUUCACCUCCAUGAGGUGGCACUGGAAAAGAUGAAAGUCAGAGUUAAUGAACUGCAGCAGAGGUCUGCAGAGAAGCAGGAAACAAGCAAAACAGAGGAACACCGAGAUGAAAAUAAAUCCCUCGAGCAGGUCACUAGGAAACUUCAGGCAGCCUUAAUAUCGCGAAAAGAAGUCAUGAAGGAGAACAGGUCUCUCAAGGAUCAAAUUCAGAUGUUGUCCUCAGAAAAAGAAGAGAUCAAUCGGUCAUCUUCAAGCCUGAAGGAGUCAUUUGCAGAACUGAAGCAGCAAAAAGAUGACUUGGAAAAUUCAGUUUUGUCUCUGAGCAAGGAAAAAGAAAAAAUAAUUUCAGAGAUUGAUCGGAUUUUGAGUGACAACCACAACCUUUCUGCUGCCUGCGAAAGCCUUAAACUCACAAUAGAAAACAUCACUCAGCAGAAACAGGCUUUUUCAUGCCAGAUGGAGUCCCUCAAAGACUCUCAAACUGUGGACCUGUCCGAGUGGAAAUCAAAACACGCCGAAUUGAAACAGGAAUAUGAAUCUCUGUUACAAGCUUAUGAGAACGUCAGCAAUGAAAUGGACAAAAUGCGACAACUACUUGAGACAGCCCGAAAAGAAAAGCAAGAGCUUCUCUUAAAAGCACUUAAUGCUGAAUCAGAAAAGGAAAGUGUGGGGAAGCAAAUCAAUGACUUGGAAGAAGAAAAUGAGAAAAUGAAAGAAAAGAUGCAGAAGUUUGCCAAGGCUAAACAGCAGAAGAUCCGAGAGCUCGAGGAAGAAAAUGAAAAGAUUAGAAAUGACCUGCAAGAAAUUGAUGAGAAAGAAAAAUGCAGGGUUGAAAUGUUGACUCUCCGGAAUAGUGAACUUGAAACAGAGAUCAUUAAUCUGAAAGAAUCAUCAGAAGAUCUUAGGGUGAAAUUAAAUGAGAUUCAACACGAAAAUUCCAGCUUGGCAGAACAGUUAAAAACAACAAGUUCUUCAUUAGAGCAGUGGCACAGUGAAUCGAAGGCGAGUGAGCAUAAUCUGCAGUCAAAGCUGGAUAAGGCUCUUAGUUUGAACGAUUCAUUAACUGCUCAGAUUGAGAGUCAGAAGGCAGAAAUUGUAGCCACAUGCGAAAGGGUUGAACUCAUUCAAAAUGAAAAGCAAAAUAUUUUCGAAAAAUUGUCCCAGCUGCAAAAAGACCAUGAAGUUGAGUUAAAUGAAAAUGACAUGGUUGUGACUGAACUUAAGGCAGUUGUCAGUAAAAACCUGCAGGAGACUAUCAGCUUAAAUGAGAAAGUGAGGAUUUUAGAAGAUGACAAAACUCUUUUGCAGGAGGAACUUGAGAAUGUUCAGGAAACAUCUGACAAAGUGAAAAACGAGAAUGAAUAUUUGGAGACAUUGCUCCUUAAAAAUUCAGAGACAAUUGAUGAGUUAACAGAAGCCCUCAGUGUGAUGCAAGAUCAGAAUGUGCAACUCUCGACCCAGUUGUCUGAGAGCAAAGAGGAAAAGUCCAGAUUCUCCCAAGAGAAGGAAGAGCAGCAGCUGAAGUUGGUGAAAGAGUUUGAGGAAAAGCUGAAAGUCAUACAGAGAGGAAAUGAGGGAUCCAAAAACAUAAAAAAGGAGCUUCAGGAGCUAUUGAAAGAAAAACACCAUGAAAUCAACCAGCUUCAACAAGAUUGCAUCAAGUACCAGGAGCUGAUACUUGACAUGGAAAAAUCUUUGAAACUCUCAGAGGCUGAACGUGAGCGGGUGGAAGGAAAUCUGAAGGCAGUGAAUGAGAAGAUAUCAGGCUUUGAGGAAGGGGUGAGGCAUCUUGAAGCAGAACUUUCGUCAUAUAGGAACCAGCUCAGUGAAUCUAGGAAAGAACUGGAAAGCAUCAACUCUGAGAACAAGAGACUGAAAGAAGAAAUUGAAGGGAAAGAUAAACAAGCUGAAAUCAAGAUGACGGAACAUGAGAAAGCUCUGGAAAGAGUUGCAGAACAGCAAAUGGCGCAUUAUAAAGGAAAGCUUGCUGAAUUCCAGAAUCAAAUCGAUGAGCUCCAGGGUCUAAAAGUCAGCAAUAGUGAGGUAGUCAUAGAGUUAAAAAGGCAGCUAGACUCACAAGAUUUACAGAUGAAAACACUUAAGAGAGAGUCUGAGACAAACUUAGCCAAGCUCUCGGCCCUUUCUAUUAGUCUACAGGGCGAUGAUCUUGUAAAGAAAUGGGAUGUUACAUUCCAAAAGACUUUACAAGAGAAAGACAGCCAGCUCUUAGAACAGGGUUAUGUAAUAAAGAGACUCCUUGAGGAUGCAAGAGUGAAGGACAAGUUGGUAAAUGAGCUACAGAUAACAAAGUCAAGGCAGGACAGGGCCCUUAAUGAGUACACAGUGGCAGCUACAGCACAACAAAGGCAACUAUUUGUUAUGGGGGUAAGAAAUACUGAACUAAGCCAAAAUGUGGAUUUACUAAAUAGGCAAAUAAUGGAACAAAGUGCACAGAUUGAGAAGUUGGAAUUUGACAAAGGUUCCUUGACCACACAGCUAACUGACAAAUCUGACUUAGCCUCACACAUGCAGUCAAGCUUUACCCAGGUGGAAAGGAAGCUUUUGGACACAGAGUCACAGCUUCUCCUGCUGCUCUCACAAAAUGACAAGCUUCAGGAUGAUCUUGAGAAACAGAAGGUAAUUUCAGUACAGCUGAAAUUGCUUCUUCAGAAUAAAGACACUGAGAUAUCCUUGCUGCUCUCCUCAAAGGAUGGGCAAAUUUCAGAGUAUCUGGAACAGCUGCAGAAACAUCACCGGGCCCAAAUAGAAAAUUACGAAGAAAGAUUACGUGCCUUAUAUAGUGAUAAAGAAAUGGCAGACAAGACAUUCAGGGGGCUAGAGAGCAAAGUCCGAGCUCUGCAGGUCAAAAUUGAAAGGUCUGUUGAAGAGAAGGAGCAAAUGGCUAAAAAGAUGGAGGCCUUCAAAAGCUCCGUGGCAUCCUUGCAAGCAGAGAGAGAGCGUCUGUUGGCGGAGUGCAGGGCUUUGGAGGCCCGGCGUCAGAGCACCGUGAGAGAUGAAGGCAGUUUAGCGAAGGAGGAACUGGGUGCAAGCCAGGGCCUGAAGGGAGAGAUCAGGGCUCUUCUUCAUCAGAUGGACGAUUUGAAUUCUGAGAAUGCCAUGCUCAAAGCACAGCUGAUCCGUUACAGAGAAGACCUCAAUCAGGUCUUGUCACUGAAGGACAACCAAUUGAAAGAACUCCUCAGGAAACGAGAAGAUUCCAUUAAAACUCUUGAAAAUCAAAAGGUUGCCAUUGAAAGACAAUUUCGGCAGUUGCAGCUUGAUCUCCAGAAGGAGGUGGAGGAUAACAACACCUUAAAAUCUCAUAAUUCCGAACUUGGAACUCAGGUUCACGAACUGGAAGCCAGUAUAUUAGCCUUGAGAAAGGAGAAAUCUGAAACUAAUGAGAGCAAAGUGAUUGCCGACUUGCAGCAGGCUGUUGCAGCCAAAGCUGCGGAAUGUAACGACCUCCAGCAAAAACUGCUCGCCCAAAAAAUGGCCACCGAUGACUUGAAAAAGAACAUGCAGGAGCUGGAGAGCGAAACCGAGGGGAAGCUUGGUGAGGCGGAAGAUAAGUACAACAGUGAACUCAAUGCCUUCGAAAGAGAAGUGGAUCUAAUGAGAAACGAGAAGGAGUCGGCAGAUGAAAGGGUGGCAGAGCUGGCCAGGGAGUUGAUACAGACUGAGAAAUUGCUGUUCAGUGCCAAGAACGAAAGCAAGGACUUGAAGUCUCAGCACGAGUCCUUGGGGAAAGCUAUGGCCGCCUUACAGAACGACCGAGAUCAGCUCAUUGAGGAUUUCAAAGUUCUGCGCAGCAGAUACGACGAGGAACUCAGGGAGAGCGCAUCCGCCGCGAGAAAGCUGGAGCAUCAGCUCGGCGAAGCCAACUCGGAGCUCAGCAGCCUCAACAAAGACCGCUACAUUCUGACCCAGAAGCUCUCGGCCUUGCAGAGUGCCGACGCCCACUCUCAGCUGCUCCGGCAGAUAGACGAGCUGUCCAGAGCCCUGUCGGAGAAGGACGCGGUGCUCCGACGGCUCUCGCUCGAGAACGACACCUACGGCAAACAGCUGACGGCCUUCUCCAAGUCAAUGGCCAGCCUUCAGAAUGACAGGGACAGGCUGAUGCAGGAGCUCGCAGGAGCAAAGAGGGUGUGUGAGGCCAGGCAAGGGGUGAGCCCUGCUGAGGCCGCACCUGGGAAAAUUGAGGAGUCGAGUAGCUUUAGGAGCAAUUUCCAUGCCCUGCAGGCUGAGAAAGAUAGGCCGCUGGAAGAUGCUGGAAAACUGAGGUCAGAGAAUGCGGAGUUGACCCAGAAGAAAAUGAAGUAUGAACUACACUCUGAGAAGGAUGCUAACAAGUAUGAGGCAGAACUGGCUAAACUGAGGGCUGAGAAGGACCAGCUGCAGUCGGAGUGCCGAGCCCUGAGGGAGCGGCAGUCCCUAGCUGUGCGUGGGCGGAGCUCAGAGGCUCAGCUGAAACAGGCCACUGGCCCUCAGGCCAUGGAACCUUCCAAGGAGAGUGUGGCCCCGCUGGGGAUGGGCGCUCCUGCGGAGCAGACCUCCCUGCUGAUGGCUGAGCGGGCCCAGCUCCAGAGAGACCUCCAGCGCUGCCUGCAGGAGAUUCAGCAGAGAGAUCUGCACUUCCAGCAACUCAACGCCAAGCUGCAGCAGACGGCGGAGGAGAAGGCGGCCGUGUCCUCCCAGCUGAAGGCUGUCUCCCAAACCCUGAGGGACACUCAGCUGACCCUGGGCCAGCUGCAGAACCGCUGCUAUUGGCUGGAGGCCCAGGCCCAGAGCCGGCACGCACAGGAACAGGCCAAGGGGCCAGUGGCCGUGGAGGUCCCCCCUGGUGCUCCUCAGGAGAGGAGCAGCGUAUUGGUGGAUAUGGAAGGCCUGGACACGAGAGAGCUUCAGAGCAGACUGGCGGAGGCGGAGCAACAGCUGGACUCCUCCCACCAGGAAGUGACUCAGCUGACGGAGAGCCUGGCGGAGGAGCGAGCCAGGAGGGAGGCAGCGGAGGAGGCGCUGAGCUUAGCGGAGGAGAGAGUAAAAAGUAUUGACACAGGCAUGUCGAACCCGAGAGAGUUCAGUAUUCAGCUGGAGUCUGACGAUGAGGUCAGGGCGCUCAUCAUCGACCCCAACGAGCACGUCUUCAUGCGAAAGGUUAAAGGCGGGGUCCACUCCUGCAGACGGUGGCUUCAUGGGCGGAGCCUGUACUGCUCCAAGCUGCUGACGUCCCGAGCCAAAUCCCGCUACCUGUUCCUCACGUACCUGCUGGCGUUACACGUUCUCGUCUUCAUGUGCCUGAGCGGCGCCCUGUAGAACACUAAAAAAAAACCUGGCGUCCCAGGGGACUCUGGGAUUUUGGGAGGAGUGAAGUCGCACCCUCGUCUGCGUUCACUUCUCUUUCUAUCUCACUGCUGCUUAAAACCAUUGACUCACCCCCCCCUUCCGGAAGCAGACACCCUCCCGCUCCUCCCUGCUCUGUCUGAAACGGUACCGAGUUCACUUUAAUUCUCCAAGGCACUAAGGGCAUUGCUAUGGCAUGUCGAUGCUGUGGCGUAAUGUAACUGCUGAUAAAGCUAUGCACUGAACUUUUACUGCUGUUUUAAUUUAUUCAUUAGAAAACAAUCCAGCAGGGCUUUUCCUCCAUAGAGUAUAUUAUACGAGGGUUUAUCUAUGUAUAUCAGGUUCCGCACCGUGUGUUGCAGUGUACAUUGUUCAUGAUGUUUUUCGAGAUUGUUUACACAGCCCAAUCGCAUACACAACAGCAAAACUAUACUGUUCUCUGCGGCAGCCAUUUCCCAGCUUCUGUGAAACUUAAGUUCUGACUAAUCUGUACAUAUGUUGUGAUUGGAACAAAAAAUAUAUACAGUAUAUAUAUAUAUCCACGUUUAAAAGAUACAGAGCGCAUCAAAGAUGACAUUUUCUAUAUAGGCUCUAUUUUUUAAGAGGAAAAAGAAAAUCAGUAAUCAUCUAUACUAUUCACACCCAAAAGAAUGUUAUUCAGCCUUUUGAUAUCAUCCGUAGGGUAAAUGUGUGCAAUACAGUGGAGGGACCGUCGGAGUUGCAGUUGCUUUGACACGAAAAGAGUAAUUUUAAUAAAGGUAUCUGAAAACUA